UACCUGGAAUACUUCAAUUUUGUUUUGUUUUGUCAGCAGGGUUGGUCAUCCAAAAACAGCUCACUCUCUCUCUCUCUCUGAAUCUGCGUGGCGUCAAACGCAGCGUUAGACACGAGCAGUCUUUAUUACAGCCUUGGGGUUUUAGAGAGGGGCAAGUAAGGCACCCUUUAAGCCAGAUUCAGUUACAGGGUCAUAGAAACAAAAGGGGAGAGGUAGAGAGAGAGAAAGAGAGGGAGACUGAAGGGGGGCAGAGUCCCACCAGGUUUUGUAGUUAGAGUCAGUGGAGCAGGAGGGUGAGAGGAGAAGGACGAAGGACAUACACAGGACACAGAGUUUCUGGGGAGUCCCACCUCCAGGAAGCGAGGACAGUGUUUACUCUGUGCUGCUUGUCAGAGGAGGUGCAUCUGGGCCUAACCAAGACAGACGACUACAUCAUGUGGACAACAGUCCAGCUGCCAGAGGAAAGCACUAGACCGUUGAAUCCCCGGCAGACAGUGGUUCCACGGCCAGGCCGCCACAGAAAGCCCAUGACGGCUCCAAAGACUCAGAGAGAAAAGGCGUCUAGGAGGAAGAAAGUGUUGCUGACUAUCUUGACGGUUGUGGUGUUACUGGGAAUUCUGACCACCGCUGCAUAUUUCAUUAAGCAGCUGAUUGACAGCAAAUACUUCUUCUGUGCUCGUUCAGUGAAGUUCAUCCCAAUCGACAAAACAUGUGACGGGACAGAUGACUGUGCUGGAGGAGAGGAUGAAAUUACGUGUUUGUCAAGCUUCAAAGUCAACACUACGUUUCCAGUUCGACUCAGGUCAGCUUCGCAAGUCCUGCAGGUGUACAGUCCGGGCUCAGGUUGGAGGAGUGUGUGUAGUGACGAAUGGACCAAGCAGUACACACAGAAAGCAUGCAUGCAACUGGGAUACACAAAUAAACCUCAGAGCACCAGUGUCCCAGUGGACACUUUGAUAUCUUCCUUGAAAACUGGACCAUUCGCAGCCAUCAGGCCUGAGGCUCGAACCCAACCCAUACAUAAGGCUACCAUUGACCGACGUGACUGCAGAACCGGAUCUGUCAUAUCUUUGUCUUGUUCAGACUGUGGAGACGUGGGCUUUCAGGACCGCAUUGUCGGGGGCACAGAUGCCGUAAUCGACGACUGGCCCUGGCAGGUCAGCCUGCAGCAGGGUGGGCAACAUACGUGUGGGGGCUCACUGGUGUCACCACGCUGGGUAGUCACCGCUGCCCACUGCUUCGCAGGCAGUAAAAAGGAGCUGAGUCGCUGGAGAGUGGUGUCAGGCCGGACAUUCAUGGGCACACUGGGAGGUUCCUAUGUGGACAGAAUCAUAUUGAAUGGAGACUACGAUCCAGCACGCAACGACUAUGACAUCGCGCUGAUGAGACUCAGCAGCCCGAUCACAGUGGGAGUUGCCCGCAAGCCAGUUUGUCUCCCCCCUAAAGCUUUUGGCCUUGCUGCCAAAGCUUCCAUGACUGUGACGGGCUGGGGAUACCUGGAGGAAAAUGGUAAGGUUUCUCCCUCACUUCAGAAGGCAAACAUCCCUCUGAUAGACCAUGCUGUGUGUUCCAGUCCCACCGUGUAUGGUAGCACCGUGACCCAAAGGAUGAUCUGUGCAGGUUUCAUGGAGGGGAAGGUCGAUGCUUGCCAGGGGGACAGUGGGGGCCCUCUGGUGCACUUCACCUCCUCUAGAUGGUAUCUGGUUGGAGUGGUGAGCUGGGGUGUUGGCUGUGCCCGAGAGAGAAGGCCGGGUGUCUACAGCAACGUGGAAGAAAUGCUCAACUGGAUUCAUACAGUCAUUGAGAAAAACCCCUGAGGUCCUCCACCAUGACAAGCAGACUCCAGUCCAGACUAGUUUGGGCAGGCUCUGAAAAGAAAGUAAAUAUCACUGUGGUUAUUUGAAGAUGUGAGACAUGAGAGGAAGGGGAAAUUGAAGAUGCACCUCAAGAAUACCACAGAUGAACUGUUAAACACUGUGCUUACACACACACACACACGCACACACAUGCACACACAUGCACAUUUCAUACCAACUUAUUACAGGUGUUGUUUCAGGUUCUUAUCUCAGGGGACAAGUAUAUUUAUGUCUGUUGCUGGCCAGUCUGGGGUCUUCAUAUAGCCGAAAGGGCAUACAAACAUGUUUUAGCGUUGACAGAUCCAGUUCAUCGGUUCAAUCAUCAGUUACUGUCAAAUAAAAAUAGACUAUUCGAUCACAGUCUGGCACGAAUUUGAGGACAUAGCAAUAACUGUUCAAGAACUCUUUUCAAACUGUUUUAACUGUGAAGAUUUUGUAACUUACUAGACUGGCAGCCCUCAGGCAUCAUGGACUUGAUGAUUAUGUGCUGUUAUGUUUUUAGGUGUGAAAUGUGAUGUGGGGGUUCAUAGGGUGAACUGCUAUGAAAGAAAGGUGAAUAUUGCAAUCAUGGUGCUGAUUCACUUGAUCUGAUUCGGGCAAACGCACCUUUUACAGCACAGAUGGUGUGCUUGCUCUCUACCACAGAAUCAUAGACAUGAGCACUUUAACUAGAAAGUGAGAAUUACUUGACCUUAGUUUGUACAGAUUAUACCACUAACUAAUCUACUUAUGCACUGAAGACUAAAAACCACACAGUUGUGUUCACCGCGCCUUCACACAGAGUCUUAAAGUGCAAUCAGGUAUCUAGAGUGCCUUCAGAAAACUCACACCAUAGAAUAUUCAGGGUGGUGGUCAUAUUGUUUUUGCCUUCACAGCUUAAAGUUAUUAAGGAGAAAGCGAAACAGAUUUUGUGGUAUGUUCAUUUUCAAAUCUGUGCACAUCAGGCAAAACCUUAAACUGUUUCUUAAUUUUAAGCAAUAAUUCCAUAGGUAGGGAGGUUAAACAAUACACCAACCUGAAUUUUCUGUUUAUCAUUCUCUGGUUUAUAGGGACAUAGGGACAAAAAGAUGUAUAAAUUGGCACUUCUGAAUUUCAAAAUAACUUAACAUUGUAUAUACUGUAUAUUAUAACUUUGCUGGACAUGAAUAGGAUUUUUUUUCAAGGUUUGCAAACGGUAUGGCACAUUUGACUGUAUAUAGGGUAAAUGUUGAUUUUUUUUAUAUACCUGUUAAUAGGUUGUAUAUAUAAUAAAGACAUUUUUCUUUUA